AUGGGUGUACCACCUCCAGCCAACAAUGGCGCUAACCCAUCCUCACCUCAUUCGAGCCCGUCCGCCAAAGCGCCCAACAGCGACGACACACACAAGCAUAAGAAAUCCCACGAUCCAAAUAUGGACAAUCCUCGAUUGCUUGUCAAUCGGGCAUGUAUUUACGAGCGGCAGCUACCCGGGGAUACAUAUAUUACAGCGCAUGUAUCCCGUCUCCAGCAUGGCUUCUGGGACAGCCCAGCAGUAUCCGACACAUACGCGGAGCAUGUUGAUUUCCUAGCUUUGAGCUUUGUCUUCCACUCGGCGCAUACGCUGUCGCAUCGCUUCAAGUCUGCCACUGUCCGCGUUUCCGUUGAGUCCAGCUCUGAGAAUUCAAAGCCCACAUCGAUCAAUGGAUGUCCCUCUGGGAACCCGUGCUUUCUGAUGCACGCACCGCAUCUCAUCUACGGUGCCGUCUCUCCGGAGACAAUGGAGUGGUCCUUUAGCUUGGCCGGCUCACUGGGUGUCUCUGAAACCCCGGUCAGCGCCAGUAUUAUCCCGUCCGGCAGCCUGAACGGACAGUAUCGUCGGUAUGAGAUGAUGCGCAUUCAAGGCUCGUCUCGUACCAUGAAGAGCCCCAAGGGCCCUGACUUUGAUGUGGAGGCCGGUGAAGUAGUGUGGUCUCUUGAGGAAAAUAGCCUGCAGCGGUCUGGUCUCCCCCGCGAGUUCACCUUCGUCAUGCUCAUUCAGAAGCCUGCCGCCAACAGUAAGAUCAAGCUGUCCCUCGAGAUUGAUCCCGUCAUCCAAGCCUUCUGGGGUAGUUUCCCCGGAUGGAUGAUCCGGCUGUCUCCAUACCAACCCUUGGAGCGCCGUAGUGUCGACUUUCGUCGUGAGGUUGGUCAGCACUUUCAACCAGCAGACCCGCAGCGCGGUUUCAACUUUGCAGUCUUGGAGAGCGCAUUUGACCACUAUAUUGCAAUGCCUGGUCGAAAAUACACGCGCCGAUUAGAACUUCCGGCAGAAACCCAACUCCCGCAUUUCAGCAGCGGCCAGCAGGGAUACCCUGGUCAAUAUGGCAAUUUGGGUUCUUCGCAACAGCAAGGGACCAGUUUAACGAACACCCUGCUGCAGAACCAACUGCGUCAGCUCAGCACCAACAGCGGAAAUCAAGAGCCAGCUGCCUCUGCGCCCGUUUCCGCAUCGGCAAACACUGCUUUGGUGGGUACCAUGGCGGUACCCAUUUCGAUUCCGAGCGCACAGAGCACCACAAACACGUACAACGUGCGUCUGGGGCUUGACCCAACCUUGAUCCAGCAACUUGCCACCCUUCACGCGAGCCCAUCAACUCACCAGAAUCGAGUGUAUGGCACGGAAGCGCCAUAUCAAAUGACCAGCGCGUGUAAAGCUAGGGCUGAGAAUUACAGCUCAAGACAUGCACAUGCCAACAGCUCGUCGACGGAUGUGGGUUGGUGGCUCUAUGACGACGGUGCCGAGGGGAAUCCUGAAUGGUCAUCACCCUUACUCAACGCGGACAUCGGCCUCAAGAGCUACGAGAAUGUACGGGAGGGUAUGCUACGCACCGUGCACCCGAUGAGUCGUGGUGACAGGUCUGGCUUGAUAGAGGAUCGGCACCGUGUCAUGAACCUCAGGAACCAGCCUCUGACAUCCGGUCUGCUUUCGUCCCUCUCGGAGGAUGAAGAUUGA